ACGAACCAUUGAAUCAACAGAGGACGUGUUGGCUCUCCAAUAAGAAGUUUUGCUGUAUCAGAGAUGUAGAAAUAGAUAGGCCUACAUUGCUUCAGAAAAUUAGAAAUAGAUAAAUUCGAAAUAGAAGUUACAUUGACAUUGACUGACGAGGUCCUUCCAUUUAAUAAAUACUAUUCGUCAUUAAAUGUGUAUUGCCAUUUCAUUUAUGACAUGCAAUCAAAUGAGUCGGACUGACUGUGAUUCAUAAUAGUGAUUUAAUCAUCUUCUGCAAUUUAGUUGUUGACCAUGGCGUAGCGCUGAGUGGAUAGCCUAGGCUUGCAGUACUGUAGCCUACGUCGUUCAUUGACUGCACGAGUUUUGCACAGACUGAAGUUAUAGCUCUCCUGUUGUAUGGAAUUGAAGAUUAACACAAUGAUAUCACUCACAACUAAUAGGCUAGCCUACAUAUUUAAGUCAAACAGCCUCAGGCCUACAAUUUAGACAACUUGCCUGAGGUCUGUCCCCGUUCCUGAAAGGUGUUUCUUUCAUCCAGAAGAGGCGCGUCAUGCGUGCUUUCAGGCCACUGUGCCACAACGUUGAUUAUCUUGCUUUCGUGAUUACAAAUGAACUGUAUUGAUGUAUUUAUUAUUUAUAAAUUAAUGAUCGCCAACAGGCGUUUGAGACGGUGCAUAGACGUUAUGAAUUAUUACGCUGCAGACUGUGUGGAAGACGUCUGCCACCACAGACUGAUCCUGUUGCAUUAAAAACAGAUAGAUACGUCUGGUAGCGCACAGUUGCGGAAAGUACGGUGGUCGAACUCGAGACGGUAAGAUAACUCACAAAUUGACUGCCGGUGAAAUUAGUAGCCUGACCGUGCAUCAAUGUAUCAACGGGGGAAUAUACGGGUCAGUGUCGGCUGAAUAGGCUGUAUACGUUCGUUAUGAUGAAUUGGACUCGGACAUAUUUUGAUUACGCCCUAACUGAUAGCCCCAAAUUGUUUGUGCUAACGAUUUAAUGGUCCUUAAAUCAGAUUUUAAGGGAACAUGUUAACUAAGGUGCUUUGUGCAACCGGCUCCUGAUCCAGCUGUUCAGUCCCUGCCCUCCAUCUGAAUUUCGAACGCUAUUUUCGAAUUUUGAAGUAGCAUUGUGACACAGAGUGAAACCAAGCUAUUGGACUGUAGGCUAUUGUACUUUACUAGCCUGCACUGCCUGUUUGUUUUUGCCCUCUUUUUCUAUUCAGGUUUGAAAUCAUCCUUUGAAAAGGCACUACUAUGGAGUACAGCUGUGGUCUGGUCACCAAAAACAGGAAGCCAGUUCCUCUGAAGAGUGUGGAGGUAGAUGUGCAUGUAAAAGGUCAUGUAGCCACAGUGACCUCCACACUACGUUAUGUGAAUGAAGAAGAGCGCCCCCUGGAGGCUGUGUUUGUGUUCCCUCUGCCUGGCGAAUGUGCCGUCUGCCACCUCAGUGCCAAGAUAGGAGACACAGAGGUGGUGGCAAAGCUGCAGGACAAACAGAAGGCACGGGAUAAAUAUGAUGAUGCGUUGAGCUCGGGCCACCAGGCCUUCCUGUUGGAGGAGAGUGCUCAGAGCCCAGAUGUGUUCCAGCUGAACGUGGGCAGCCUGCCUCCAGGAGAGAGUGCUGCCAUCACUCUGGUCUACAUCUCAGAGCUGGCCAUGCAAGCUGAUGACGCCCUGCGCUUCUGUCUGCCCGCUGUGCUCAACCCCCGCUACACACCCCUGGACAUGGACAGGAGUCAAAUGGCCACUGUGACAUCAGUCCCAGCUGGUACGGUGCCCUACACGUUGGCUCUCAGUGCUCAGCUGUCCUCCCCCCAGCCCAUCUCUAAAGUGGAGUCCAACUGUCAUCUGGAGCCACUGGCUUACCUCAACCCAGACAAAACACAGGCCACGGUGAGUCUCUCUCCAGGCCACCUGUUUGAUCGAGAUGUGGAGCUGCUGCUGUAUUACCAGGAUGCUCAUAAGCCCACUGCCAUAGUGGAGGCUGGACUGGACAGUGCUGAGCCAGGCUCCUUAAUGGGUGACCCUGUUGUAAUGAUCAGCUUAUACCCAGAGUUCCCUGCUGCAGCAACAUCCUCUCUUGCCACAUGUGGAGAGUUUAUUUUUGUGGUGGACCGAUCAGGGAGUAUGGACUGCAAGAUGCACUCAGGAAAAGAUGCAAAGACGCGCAUAGAGAGUGCCAAGGACACUCUGCUCCUGCUCUUGAAGAGUCUCCCCAUGGGUUGCUACUUCAACAUUUACAGCUUUGGCUCUCAUCAUGACCAUUUCUUCCCGAAGAGCGUCAAGUAUGACCAGAAGUCAAUGGACGAUGCUCUUGAGAAAGUGAAGGGGAUGAGAGCAGACAUGGGGGGCACUGAGAUUCUUCAGCCUCUGAAACACAUCUACAGCCAGCCCUGCAUCCCCAGUCACCCCAGACAGCUGUUCAUUUUUACUGAUGGAGAGGUGGGGAAUACCAAGGAGGUUUUGGACCUGGUGAAGAAAAAUGUUCACUCCCACAGGUGCUUCUCUUUUGGAAUCGGAGAGGGUGCCAGCACGGCUUUAAUAACAGGCCUGGCCAAGGAGGGCUCUGGGCAUGCUCAGUUUAUCACAGAAACAGACCGCAUGCAGCCCAAGGUGAUGCAGUCUCUCCCCUUUGCUCUUCAGCCAGCAGUCAAAAAUAUCUCAGUCAAAUGGAAUCUUUCAGAUGGUGUCACGUCAGGGGUCCUUCAGACCCAAAGUAUAGUCCACAACCGAAUAUCAUUCUUUCAAAAACUUGGCCACGUGAAAGCUUUUUUUCAAAGAAGGAAGAGGACCCAGGAACCUGGCCAGUCUGGAGGAGAUGGCCUAAAUCCACUUUCAGUCAUCCCUUUAUCUCCACCAAUCACUGUGCUCUUCCGGGGUCAAAGGGCACUGCUCUAUGCCCAGCUCAAUGGAGUGAGUUCAGAGUAUUCCGAAGGGUCUGUGACAAUACAAUACAACAUAAAAAAAGACUUGAUUGAGGAGCAACUGAACUUCUGUCUGAAACCCACUCAAGAUACUGGACUGACUCUCCACCGGCUGGGGGCUCGAGCCCUGAUCCGCUCACUGGAGACGGAGGAGAGGGCAGCAGGACCAGAGGCGAAGGCCCUGAGAGAGAAGCUGCUGCAGCUCAGCCUGCAGUCUGGAGUCAGCUGCACACACACCGCCUUCAUCGCCAUCCACAAGGGCAGUGGACAGACUGUGCAGGGACCUCUGCUCCACAGACCUGUGCCAACGCCAGAAAUAUUUUACCAGUGUCUUGCUGAUUCCUAUGCAGUGCUAAGAAAGCCUAGAAAGGCUCGAUUUGGUAGAAUUUCCCCAGCUGGUACGGCUGAUUGCUAUACAACGCUAAUGGCCCCAACAGCUGGUACGGUUGAAUUAUCAGCAGGACGUAGUGAUAGAGAUGACUACUGUGGAGUUGACUAUGGAUGCAUUAGUGCUAGACGCAGUUACAGCAGGCGCAGAGAUGAGACGGGUACGGCGGAAUUGUCAGCAGGACGUAGUGAUAGAGAUGACUACAGUGGAGUUGACUAUGGAUGCAUUAGUGCUAGACGCAGUUACAGCACGCCCAGAGACGUGACGGGUACGGCUGAAUGCUAUCAGUAUCCAGCGCUACAUUUAUACACAAAGGCUAGAAUGGCCCCAAUGGCUGUUCCCCAGACCUGUGAGGACCCUCUUAUAGAACUAAUUUCCCUCCAGAAGGCUGAUGGGUCUUGGGAAAUGGAGUCAGCUCUGGCCAAGAUACUUGGGAGGACAGAUGAAGAGGCUCAGUCGAUGCCAAUGAGGGCAAACAAUUCAGUGUGGGCUACAGUUCUGGCUCUGCUUUGGCUCUAUGGUUUCCGUCUGGAUGCCAAGGAUGAAUGGCAGUUUGUAGCCAUGAAGGCAGCAUCCUGGAUUCAAGCUCAGAAAGUGGACUGUGUGUCUCAGUGUGUGCAGGCUGGAAAUGCUCUGCUGGGAUGUCAGCUGCAGCAGGAGACUCUGGGCCUCUGAGGACUUCACCACCUUACGUCAUGUGUGCUGGAGCUUAUUGAUAUCACAAUAUUCUGUCAAUGUGAUGGAAUUACUUUGCCCUUUUUGAGUUAUGUGUUUGGGCUUUUUAGCCUGUAUUUGAAAGAAUAUAAUGAGUAGGAGAGAGCAGAGGUGGGCACAAGUACAUGUAGGCUACAUCAGAACCUGUUCUGUUGCAAACUGCAAAUACUUGUAAUGUAAGAAAAUAAAAUGCAAAAUACUGGUGUG